AAACGAGUAGGCGCGCCCUGUGAAUCUGUGGGGAGAACACAUGGGUGUCCUUAAACAUGUUUUACAAUCUCCUAUUUCCGUUCAACUCCAUUCUCUCGCCCUAAACUUUUCGUCUCAGAUAGAAAAAGCAUGCUGUCAACCUGAUUCCACAUUCUUGAGAUUCCUGUCAUCCACUCAUCGGACAUUACUAGCUAAUCUGUUUUUGUGUCGUCACUCAGGAACAUUAAUCUUCCGUCGGUUACGUGAAAAAUAUUUUAGCCUACACUCAAAUAUAAACACAGAUUCUCGGUUGUUUAUAACUCAAAAAGUUUUACUUGGAGGGUCUUUAAUUUCAUUCGCUCAAGAUAAAAUUACUGAUGAAGAGGUUUUAACCACUUUAAAAAGUUUUUCAGUAAAUGGUGAUUCAAAUAAUUCCAACAAAAGUAGUUCAUUUGUUGUUGUGGAAAAUAAUACUAUUGAAGAAGAUACCUGUUCACCAGUUAAAGAUCGUACAAGAAACGAGCACUGUGAAUCAUGGGAUCCACCACUGACUUUAAUGAUACGAGAGUUACGUAAAACAUAUUUAAAUCGGAUAUCAAUGUUUUCACAUCCUACUACGGAGCCAGUUAUUGUUGAUGAUUCUUGUAUAUCUGCUUGUGAUCCAGAUCCUCAUGUAGAUGAAAUUUCAAAUGAAGAUCACUUUAGUGCGUCCCUUUCGUCGUUGUUUAUGGAUUUAAAUAUUCAGCCAGAUGGUACGGGUUUUGUUGAUGAGUCGUGGGAACUUGUUUAUGAUCGAACAAGUAUGCACGUUUGGCGUAGACCACUGACGGUACCUCAAGUCAAUGGUGAACGUAAUCCCCCAAAAUCAAAUGCCAAGUACGAGUACCGAGUUUGCGGACAAUUUCGUGAUAUAUCAGCUUCAUCAUUUUUAGAAGUACAACUCAAUCUAGACUAUCGACGAAAAUGGGAUGAUAAGAUUGUAGAAUUGCAUUGUAUUACACCGAAUAACGAUACACAUAUUAAAGAUUUAGAUAUUAUUCGUUGGGUUGUACGUUUUCCAUUUCCUAUGGUCGAUCGAGAAUAUGUUUACGUACGACGUUGGUGGAUUCAACCUACUGAAUUUUCCUUGAAUACGGAGAAAUCACUUGCAUCUCAUAAAGAUAAUUCUUCAGAAUCGAUUCCUUUAUCUCAAGACAAUACAACUAAGAACAUUUCUACUAGACGCUAUGCCUAUCUAAUUUCUCGAUGCUCAGCAGAUUUCAAAGAAAAAUGUACCCAAUCUUCUGAUAUUUCUUCUGUAAAGUCUUCGUGGGAAAACAUAAAGAAACGGGGCCCUGUUCAAGUUCAUGAAUAUCAUUCUGAAAUGUUAAUUGAGUCACAUGGAGAAUUCAACCAAAAUGGACUGAAUUACUAUUUAAUUUAUUAUGAUGAUCCCUGUCUUCCGAUUAAUGGAUCGCCAAUAAAAUUAUUUUCUGUCAGAGGUAAGUUUAUUUGUCCAUUUCAUUUUGUAUAUGCUUUUAUUUGACUAUUCAUAUUAUCAGCUGACAGUUUGUUUUAUACGUAUAUAUUAUUCGUCACCCUUUGUCUUCCAAGAGUGUAGAUGUAGCAGAAUGUUUGUAAUCAGGACACGCAUUUUUGAUCUGGAUUACAAUAGACAGUCGCUUUUACGCUAUUUGUAUCAAUAGGACUAGAAGACCUUAAAAGACAUAGAUAUAUGGAUGAUGGUCGAACAGUAUCAGAAUGGUUGACUAAUAUGUUAGACGAGACUAGGAGAUAUACAUUAUUCUAUUUGUUUGAUCACAAUCACUGAUCCGUUUAUGAUAAAUACAGAGAAAUCAGUUUGACUAAUAUAAUUCUCAAGUAUUAGCUUUAGUAACAAGCCCCUUAGCCGUACAGAUAUCAUGAUCUAGUUGUUAAUAUAUAGAUCUAAGUUUCACUCUUCUUUAAAUCCUUAUAAUACUUACCGACGUCUGACUGUAAUCUUGUUCCUUAACUCAAUGGUAUUAACCGGUGGUCAUUAAAUCUUAUGACUGUGUGUCUUUCUACAAGGUUAUGCAAAUAAUUUAUACGAACUUACCGAACAUUUAUGAUUAGGUUAGAGUAGGUGAGGAAGUGUAUUUUGGAUCGCCUACGUCAUUUGCUCACUUCUAACAUGUUUACUUGAUUUUAUCGUACAUAUACUCUUAGAGGUGAUAUUAGCAUUGUCUCACAUCUUCUGUUAUUGAUCUCCUAUGCAGUGACACUCUCAGGGUCUUAGAAUAGACAGGGAGCAUAGUUAUGUUAGCUGAAGAGGUUGAAGAAAUUCAGAACUUUUUAAAUACUUCGCUAGUGCGAAAAUGUUUCAAAUGAAGAUUAUUACAUUGAAAAUGGUCUGCACCAAUAAUUAAUUUAAUUAUUAGAAGUAAGACAGUUAAACCUGUUGAUCAUUUCAAUUAUCCAUUAUACCUAAUCAGCUACGAUACGUUAAUGGUUCUUGAAAUCUAUGCAUUCAGUCAUAUAUAUUGUAGAACCAGGCACGUAUAUGUAUUGGUUCAAGUUGCCAUAUCUCAUCACAACAAGAUGAAUAUCGAAUUCAUAGAAGUAGUUACUUCAAUGGUAGUAAUAUAUAAAAGAAAGAUUGUGUGUAAGGAUAUAAUACAAGAAGAAAGAAUUAGUUUAUAGUAAGAAAGGUAUAAAGUAAUUUUAAUCUCACGGUUUAAGAAAAUGCAAAGAGUGUAUACACCUACAUCAUUGUGAUCGAUUUUCAAGCAUGUCACUCGGAGUCUUCAACCAUCGGUUAAAAUAGUCUUGCGAAACCAAACCAAUUAGCUUGCAUCUAUCAACAUAGCUCAGACCAAAAGUUAGUGACUUUAUGGACUGAUGCCACGUUUUGUGCAAAUUAAAGAAAAAAAAUAUUAAAUAUUAACUGCAAUAUUUGUUAUAAAAUCUAUAAAAUACUGUAAGAUUUUUCGGUAGUAUUGUAGUGAACAAAACACGGGUGAGGACAAUCAGAUGUAUUUAAACACAACAUUACAGACUAUCUC